UAAUCCGGAAGUGAUAGCGGCUCGCCGCUUGGUAGUUAUAAGCGUUAAUUGUUGACAUGUAAGUAAGCUAAUGUCCAGCUCUGCUGGCCAAUAUGUGGCUAGUUUGACACUUUAACAAGUCCAAAAAAUUCCCGCACGGUGUAUUUUGGAAUAAUAUAUUAUAUAGGAACGAACACUUUAGUUGGGCGUGUUUAUACCGCCUGCCUACCUCGCUGAUUGUGUGUGCUCAUCUCCACCUCAGAUUCUCAUCGCAACCCAACAAAUGUUCUAAACAGCUCCUCCAUGCCCAAUUCAUCAAACGGUCCCGCGGUGCCAGCAGAACCAUCAGCAAUGCAAAGACCUACUGCCAGCGAGCAUGAAGGGGGCCACCGCCUCAUUGGCUCCCUCGCCUGUGAGGUGGGCGUAGCUCGUCGGGCGUCUAGCGACGAGCUGCUCCUUCCCCGGACCUUUCCAGUCACUCACUCCCGGGAGAAGUUCUACACGGUUUGCUCAGACUACGCCCUCCUCAACCAGGCGGCGGCGGUGAGGAAGCAGGACGACGGGCUGGUGGCGCCCAAGCCGCAGGCGGCAGGUGACAGCAUGGUGUCUGAUGGCGACUGUGAGAUGGAAGAUGUGACCUCCGGCAACAUGAAGACCACCCUGGCGUGGGAGAUUGACACCAGCGACUUCAAGGCAGUGCUUACACGAAAAAUUCGAACAGGCAACGUGAAGAAGUGCGGCACCAAGAAGCUGAAGGCGGACCGACCCAGCCGCAAUCUGCAGGACAUCCCGCCUCAUGCCUCUCUGGAGGACGUCAAACAGCGGAAAGUUCUGGACCUCAGACGCUGGUACUGUAUCAGCCGGCCACAGUACAAGACGUCAUGUGGGAUCUCGUCAUUGGUGUCGUGUUGGAACUUCCUGUACAGCACGCUGGGGGCAGGAAGCCUGCCGCCCAUCUCUCAAGAGGAGGCGCUGCACAUCCUGGGCUACCAGCCGCCUUUUGACGAGAUCAAGUUUGGGCCAUUCACGGGAAACGCCACGCUCAUGCGGUGGUUCCGGCAAAUCAACGACAACUUCCGCGUGCGAGGCUGCUCGUACAUCCUGUACAAGCCGCACGGCAAACACAAGACGGCGGGGGAAACAGCGGAGGGAGCGUUGCUGAAGCUGACCCAGGGCCUGAAGGACAGCUCCAUGGCGUACAUCUACCACUGCCAGAACCACUACUGCUGCCCCGUGGGCUUUGAGGCCACGCCCCUCAAAGCAGCCAAGGCCUACAGAGGUCCUCUGCCCACCAGUGAGAUGGAACACUGGAUCCUGAUUGGAGAACCCAGCAGGAAGCAUGCGGCUAUCCACUGUAAAAAGUGGUUGGACAUCGUGACCGACCUCAACACCCAGAAUCCAGAGUACCUGGACAUUCGCCACACGGAGAAGGGCAUCCAGAGGCGCACCACCAAAAAGGUGGGCGGCAACCUGCACUGCAUCAUGGCCUUCCAGAGAGUCAACUGGCAGAAGCUGGGCCCCUGGGCUCUCAAUCUGGAGAACCUGCGUCACGACACGGAGGAAGUGGAGGCGAGGACGUCUGCCAAGCGCCUGGUCCAGCUGGGACGCUCGCACAGCAUGGGUAGUCAGAAGGACGCCACCUGGAGGUGCCUGCCUAACACUGCAGAGAACAGACAGAGGAGCUCCCCCAACAGCGACCUGGAGGAGGACGAGACGGACUGAAUCCCCCAGGUCGACCCCGCAGGAAGGCACAGCUGUCAAGAAGGCCCGUAAACAGGGUUCACUUGUAAUACCACCUCCAUCCAGAGGCGGCAGUGGCGUAAAGUACUCGUAAAAGUGCUGUGACAUCAUCAUCUUGGGACUGUUUUCUCUGGCGGAUAAAUACAAAUUUGAUGUAUUUGUAUAAAAACAAGUUGUUACAUGAUAGUACUAUUUAUUUGUACGUAAACAGUGACGUAAUGUCACCUUACGUCGUACUUUUUACCUUUCUUUUGUCUUUAUAGACUAAAAGAAAAUGUACAUUGUAAACCUACUUGGUUGUAUUUAGUAAUGUAUAUAGUAUUUUUCCAUCAUUGUUUGUUUAUAGCGACCACCCAGACUCGUUUUUCCCUCACUGGUGACAUCACUGUACACGCACGAGUGUAUUUGCUGUUUAUUUUCCAAUAAAUGAUGUCUCCUGAGGCCAUCAUCUUCACGUUAUAUUUCCACGUCCGUGUCCACCGCUGCCUCUCCCUUCCAAAUGUCGUCUCAGCUCGGCAAUCUGAUCGGGACCCACGCGACAGCAACCCCCUGACGGACAAAUGCAGUGUCAGUUCCGAUCCAGAAGAUGGUGCUGUGGUGAAAAAAGCCAUGAACUUAUGAAUUAAUUGUACGGUGUUUCCCAUACUUUGUUAUUUGUGGCGGCCCACCACCAAUACAUUUGGACAAAUAAAUUGAUUGACCAUAUAAUAACACAUUUAUGUAUUUAAUUCAAAUUUUAUUUCAGUAUUUUUUUAUUACAUUAUUUUGUAAUUAAAUUAAUAUAAUGGUGUAUUUAUUUAUUUCAUGAAUUAAAGGAAUUCUCAAUCUUCCCGAUCUCCUGACUGUGUGGCCAACAUGCUAACCACUUAAUGGUGUAUUUGUUGUUGUAUUUCAUGAAUAGGACUUUUAUUAAAACAUUCAUGUAUUUUAUGUAAUUAAUGACACAUUUAAGUAAUAAUUUCAUGGUGUAUUAAUUUCACGAAUUAAAGGAACUUUUAAUAUCAGGUUUACUUAAGGUUUAAUUCCAAUUUUAUUUAAUGAAUGACAUUUAAAUAAUUAUUAUUUAAUGGUGUAUUGAUUUCUUUAUUUCAUGGAUUUAUGGGAAUUUUAAUAACAUUCAUGUAUUCAGUUACAAUUUUAUUUAAUUAAGGGCAGGUUUAAGUAAUAAUUUAAUAGUGUAUUUAUUUGUUUCAUGAAUUAAAGGAACUUUUGACAACACAUUUAUGG